GUUGCCCUUGACUUGUCUUCGCUGGUAGUCGACAACUCCUCCAUGUCACUCGCAGCUGUACCGACUGAAGUUGUAGAACUCAUUCUGAUAUUUGCAGCGGCAGCCAACUCCCCACAAGCUAUAUCGGCGUUCUCGCAGACAUGUCGAGCCCACAAGGAACUAGUGUAUGGCGCACCCGACUCCCAUCUUUGGAGAGAGAUCUUCCUGGCGACGUUUGACGACCCUCGAGAGUCGGGAGGAGGCCCAGGGUGGCACGACGCCGUCGCCUUGAAGCGCACGCGUCCGCGAGACGUGCCGUUCGACUGGGGUGCAGAAUACCGCAAGCGUGUCUGGGCGGCGCUCUACAUCGCGCGACAAGUCGAGUCGACGUCGCUGAGGCAGGAAGACCUCGAGGAGCUUGCUGACCUUGAAGAGGUCCGUCGCACUCUCCCUGCGCUCGACGCCCUGGUCUCCGUCGUACAAACCGCGAGUCCAUGCCCGCCCUCCUUCGUGUUCUCCUUCAUCCCGACGCCCGGCGAAGACCCAGAGAGCCGCCUCACCGUAGGGGCCACGUACCCAACAUUCCCGCCACUUCCCCAGGCAAUGCAACGAAACAUAGCAAGCAGCAUCUCCUCGGUCGGUCCGUCGUACGCCGGCAACGGCAGCCCGAAGACCCUCGGGGGGCGCAACAUUGCCUGGCUCGGCCAGGCGCUCACACACGGCUACCCGCCCGCCGUGACCGCACGCUUUUCAGCGAACAAGUGGGAGGGCGGUGUAGCGGGCCAGUAUCUGGGAGAGGAUGAAUUUCGCGAGAUGCAGACCGCGGGCCGCCUCAUCGCGUGCACGGGCUUCAUCCCGAUCCCGCACAACGCGGCUCCACCGACGUCGCCUGUAGAUGGCCCGCUACCGCACCCGCCCGCAGCGUCGUACUUGUCCGAGGAGGCGCAGAGGAAGCGCGCGCGGAAGCUGGCGCGCAUGCGCGUGUACAAUAUGCGCUACCUGGAGCGUGAGCGACAUUGGGGCCCAUUCUUGCCGUGCGAGGACAGGAAGGUGCGCCCAACUGGCGCGCCGAUUGACGACGAGCUUCUGCAGCCCAUUCUUGCCCUCUUUCGCCUACCAGGGCACGACGACGACGCCGAGGAAGGUGCAGAAGGGGAUGACCACGAUCAUGACCACGCGCACGACCACAACCAUGAUUAUGACGAGGAAGACCAGGAUGAGGAUGAAGAUGAUGAGCUUCAAGGUGACGAUGCGGCAGGGGAAGGGACCACCACCCCACCAGGCGCACCCGGGCCGCCAGGGCGCUCCUCCGAGCCACUUCGCUUGCCAUCCCCGGCGCAGCUACGCCCAGACUGGGCAUAUCUCGCCGCGGUGCGCACGCUUGUCGAGGCGAAUCUGCGUGAGGCGUUUGGGGGUGCAGACCUGAACGGACUGUUUUCCCUUGAGGGCCUUCGACCGGGGAGCGCGCCGUGGGAUGCUAGUCUUUACGCCCCUGCCACGGCAACAUACAACGUGGUGGAUAGCGGUAAAGGGAAGGGCAAAGCGACCGACAGUGACACAGAAGAGGUAGACGGAUGGGAUUGGGCUGGCGUCGCAGGAGUUUGGAAGCGCUGUGUAUGUUGGAUGGACUACCGAGAUCUAAUACUGCACAACCUCUCCGGCGAGUUCGACGACUCGCGCAUGGGCGAGGCCGUGCGCCUCGUCGGGAUGACGCUCCGCGUGGAGCGCUAUUCGCCCUCACUCGUGCCCGGAUAUGAACACCUGCCCACUAUUCACGUCGUCGGCCAGUCGGAUGGUGCGUCCAUCAUGGGCCCACCGCGCCGCAUACACGGUACAGUAGGAGUCAUCGCGGACGGUAGCGUGCGCUGGAUGCUGCAGUUCUCGUCCGUGGAGAGUGCGGAGGUUGAUGAGUGGGUUUCAGAGGGUGUCCAGGUUGGCGGCGUUGGGUCCGCGAUGGGCUUCUUGGGGAUGUGGACAGGAGCGCAACAUGAGCGUAUGGAUCCACUGGGCCCGUGUUGGGCGUGGAAGGUCGGUUGAAGUCGGGUCUGAGGGACUCGUUUAUCACGCAUCUUAUCGCUUUCGCUGUUUUGACAUAACGGUGUGUUCGCUUUGUUGGAUCAACCUCGUUAAACGCUGUAGGCGUGUGUACGAUUACGGUGAUGUACAAGGAAUUGGAUUAGAUUCCGCUUGGAAGCGGUAGCAUAGCGGGGUAGUAUACAACGCAAUAUUGGC